AUGGAAGAGGAAAGAACCAUGGAAAAUGGACCUUCUCAAGCGCCAGGGUAUCCAGAAGCCCUGCAUUACAGGUUUAUCCCCCCCAGUCUGGAGGGUCUCAAUUUUGUUCCCAACUUCGGAGACAUCGUUUUUCAUGUGAAGGGCCAAUUCCUAGCCUGGGGAGGAACUGCGGUCCUAGAACGUAUGCCCUCAGGAAAAGUGGUCAAGACGCCGCUGCCGAACCCAUACUCUCAACGCGAACAUGAGCGCCAUAGGAAAAGUAUGCAUAUCGAGGCCAUUAUCUAUGAGAUUCUCCAAGAUCAUCCGCGCGUACCAAAAUUGAUGGAUUGGGACCCAACCACCUGUUGCUUGACGAUGGAGUAUGUCGAGAACGGGAGCAUUGCGGAUUUCAUAGGAAGGAAUCACCAAUCGAUAACUGAUACUAUGAGAAGCAAAUGGGCAAGACAGGCAGCCGAAGGUGUCUCGGAUUUCGCUGGCUCCUCUGUUUUCGGUGCACCUGGCUCUGCUCUUCCCGGCACCCGCUAUCGUGAUCCACGUGUUGAGGGGUAUGUUCUCCGGUUCUCAGAUGACAUCUUCAGCCUGGGAUCAGUCAUUUACUUCAUAAUGACUGGCAAGCACCCUUAUCAGAACCUGCCCAGUGAUAAUGUCAAGUACCUCUUCCAGCGCUCCCAGUUCCCGGAGGUCGGUCACCUCUCAUGUGGCAGUAUUAUAAGGCGGUGCUGGCUGUUGGAAGUGGAUGCCACUGAAGUGUAUGAAUACUUCAUCAGGCAUAGAUAAUUGGAUGGUUUUUGUAUUUCCUAAAUCCCAGCCAAACAUAAGAGGUUCAUAUUUUGUCCAUUCUCACUGGCCAUCCGCACUGCACGUCAUGGCAGUGUUCGUAACUGCUAAUUGCAGCGAUAGUAACUGUGUACCAUAUGCCUGAUAUCCCCUUACUGAUGUGGGGAAUAUCGGUUGCAAGUUGCUGUCCCGACCGAUAGACGCUCACCCUGCUGCUUGCAGACGCGUCAAGAAGUCGCGUUUCUCGCACAAAAAAUUAACUACUCGUUCACGACCGAUCAUAGUGCAAGGCGAAGGAACCAGUAUGUCAUAUGUCCAAAAUGAGAAGGUUUGCACAUUCAGCCUUCUAUAGUUGAGUUAAACGUAUAAAGCAUUAAUGUGAAGAGAUUUAGCUACUAACCAAUCCAAAAAAUCAGAUACUCAAGGUUAGAUAGAAGGGUUUGUUUUAAGACGGCAGUAAGAUGUGCUUUGUAUAUGCUCUUU